CUUUCCCCAACCCCAAUCAUCCUCUCCCUCUCCCGAUAAUUUUUUCAUUCCGCUGCCGGAGUCGCUGUGACGGAAGUCGCCAAUCGGAAGCGGCUGUGGCGUGAGCGGCCGAGAUCCCUGGUGGCUGCGGCGCUGGAGAGCGAGCGAGUGGCAAAAGCGGAUGUUAAAACAGUAACAGGAUUCAGCAGUGGCCAACGUCGGCAGGAAUGCGGGUGGGAUAAAUCAUCAUCAUCAGUGAAGUUUUUUCAGAAUUGUGCUAUCUGAAAAGUACCAGACAAUGGAGAAGAAUACCUGCAGUACAACAACUGAUGGGCCUCCAGCUACUCAAAGUAAUCAGAGGGUGACAGCAACAGUGGAAAGAAAUUACUCUGCAUCUGACUGCAUUUACAUGGAUUACAAUGCAACGACGCCUGUGGACACCGAGGUAAUCCAGACUGUUACCGAAGCCAUGCAAGAGGCCUGGGGAAACCCUAGCAGUUCAUACACUCCAGGUAGGAAAGCCAAAGAGUUGAUAGAUUGGUCAAGAGAAAAUGUGGCUCAAAUGGUUGGAGGUCGAUCAGAAGAUAUCAUUUUUACAUCUGGCGGAACUGAGGCGAACAAUCUAGUCUUUCACACUGCAGUCAAGUACUAUUGGGACCAUCAGCGCCAGCUGGCCCAGAACAGUGGGAGUAAGGAGAUUGAUUGGACAGCUAAGCCAUUACCUCACAUCAUUACAUCAAACGUCGAGCAUGAUUCAGUGCAACUGGUGAUAGACAAUCUGACCUUGGAGGAGAAAGCAAAAGCUACAGUUUUGCCUGUUUCCAAGGUAACCGGCUGCAUUGAAGCAGAUGAUGUAAUGGCUGCUGUCAGGCCGACCACCUGUCUUGUUUCUGUCAUGCUCGCUAACAAUGAGACAGGAGUUCUGAUGCCAAUUGCGGAGAUUUGUCGGCGAGUGAAGGCUCUAAAUCAGCAAAGCACAGGAACUCCCAGGAUUUUGCUGCACACAGACGCAGCACAGGCAGUCGGCAAGCUGCGAGUCGACGUGCAGGAUCUUGGCGUGGAUUAUCUUACAAUCGUAGGACACAAGUUCUACGGUCCACGGAUCGGAGCCUUAUAUGUAAGAGGGCCAGGCACAAGCUCGCCUGUAUAUCCAAUGUUCUUUGGUGGAGGCCAAGAAAGGAAAUUCAGGCCAGGCACAGAAAACACACCAAUGAUCGCAGGACUUGGGAAGGCUGCUGAACUGGUGGUCAGGAAGCUGGAGGUAUAUGCCAGUCACAUGCAAGAAGUGAGGGAUUACUUAGAAGAGAAACUAUUGACCGCCUUUGGGAAGAACAGGCUCCAUUUCAACAGCCACUUUAAGGGCUCAGACAGAUUACCAAACACCUGCAACAUGUCGAUUCUAGGGCCUAACCUGCAAGGUCGGAAGGUGCUGCUGCACUGUCGAAGGUUGCUGGCUAGUGUGGGAGCUGCCUGCCAUUCAGACAAAGGCAGUAGGCCCUCGCAUAUUUUACUGAAUAGUGGCAUUCCAUAUGAGGUGGCAGAGAAUGCACUUCGCUUGAGUGUGGGGCGUACAACAUCGAAAAAGGAUGUAGAUGCCAUUAUAGAAGACCUGAAGCAAGCGGUUAAUGAAAUUGAAGAGUGUGCUGCUCAGGUUUUGCAGUAGCACAGCGCCAGGAACUGAUUACUGCCAGCAGAAAUCCAGAGCUACAAGAUGGGAGCAAUAAGGCCUUUCUCACCAAAGGAUAGAGGCCUGAGUUUCCAAUAGGUUGGGCAAGUUUUUUUUUCUAAAGUGGCCAGUUAAACCAAUGCAAAAGAUCAAUGAGUUACAAGCACAAAUUAUGUCCAAUGUAAAUGAAAUUUCCAGUAAUUUGUACUGGUUUAAAAAGCAUUGGGCUAGAAGACUGCUGUGUCCGCAAAACUGGUCAUGCCUCCAGAUCGAACUAAUCACCAUUACAGGUUUAUUUGUGGAGGCAUUUGAAAUAUUUAAUUUUAGGUGCAAGGACAUUAAAAACGUAUCUUUUUAAUUUGCUAACAGACUGACUACUAUGCACCCAUAUAACUGUUAAAUGAUCAUCCUUGUAGUUUCUUUGAUUUUAAUUAAUUGAAAAUAACAGAUUACUCACAGGUGCUGGACUAGAUACUGAUUAUAAACAAGUAUUUGUCAUCUGGACAGACUUUUUUAAAAAACUUUUUGAAUUGAAUGUGACAAUAGCCUCAGUCAAGAGGCAUCUCUCCUUAUUUGUCCAUUGCCCCACCCCCACCUCCAUUACUCUCCAGUUCUUUUUAAUCACAGACCCUCAGUCCAGUAAUUCUGAUGUGAGAGGUAAAAAGCAAUAGUUUUAAUAUAAGUGGCUUAGCAGGUAUCCAGUGUUCUAUAGCAUCUGAACCCUUCAAUUAGAUUCCAGCCAAUAACUUAUUCCUGGCUAUUCAUGAUUACACACACAUAAUAAAGUACUGCUUGGUUUGUAAGUGAUGGACAGUUGUGUUGCUACAGUACAAAUUAUUUAUAGCAACCUACCCUCCUCGAGCCAAAGUGUCCCAGUGCAAUCAACCUUUGAAAUAAAAUUAUUUUUUAAACACAA